CUUUUUAUUGUUCAAGAAAUUUUACGGCAUAAAGCCUUUGUUUCUUCUGUUAAAUGGAAGCCAAACAUAAGGAGGGAAGUAGAUGAAACACAGCUGAUAUUAGCUUCUGGUGACACAAGUGGUAUAAUUAACAUAACUGAAGUUGUAGAUGGAAAUUGCUUAAAAGAACUUUAUUAUGGGGAAAAAGUUACCAAUCUUGAAUGGCAUCAAACUAGAACGAAUGUUUUAAUUUCCAGUCAUGAGCCUUCCUGUGUUUGCUUAUGGGAAAAUUACACUCUAACUUUUAGAAAAGAAUUUUCCGAAAUAAUAGACUUUCUGGUCUUUGACCCUUUUUGCACAUUUUCCCUUGCUAUAGUCACCGGUUUUAAGCUGAUCGUCUCUGAAAACUUUAUCUCAAAAAAAGAAAUUUGUGAAAAAGACUUCCAACCUUUGAACCAUAACAAGGUAAAAAGCGUUGCUUACAGCAGUUCAACUCCUUACCUUUUCUUUAUUGCUGAAGAUUAUGUGAUUUCCGUAUUUGACACUUCUUUGAAAACCGUAAUUAAUAAAUUUACUGUGGAUAAAAACCAUACUUCGUUGGUAAAAAUUUUCUCUACUUGUAAAUUGUCUGGCUUGCUACUUUGCGUACAUGAGAAUGGAAGUAUCUCUUCAAUUAUCUGGAAAAAUGGCACGUUCAUAAUGGAAGCCCAUUCCUCCGCGCUAAACUUGCCAAAAAAAAAUUUUGUUGCUAUAUCUUUGUUAGAUCCAGUGAGGCAGGAGACACUCGUUGGUGUGCUACAGCAGGGAAAAGUCAUUAAGUGGAGACUCUCUUCUUCUGGUGAGAAAUACAAAACCGUCGGAGGCAAACACAAGUUUGUUCUGGAAGGACUAGCAGAUCGUGUGUCCGCCAGCCCCACGUGCAUCAGCUGCAAGGUCAUUGACGAGCAGAACAUUUACGCUGCUGUGGGGAAUGAGGUCGGAUCGUUGCAGCUUAUUAACCUUCACACUGGUCGAGUCGUCCGAGAGUUUACUAUACACCAAUUACCUCUUUUGGGCUUCUCUUGGGUUGACGCGAACUUAUUGUAUGCAUUUUCCCACAGUUCCCCUACUAAAGAAAAGUUUAAAAACAUCGUAAGCUGUGUCGACCUACAGACGGGCCGCGUGUAUUUUAUCCGCUUAAGAAAAACCCUGGAAAGUGGUGCACUGAGGGACAUGAAGGUGUCCUUUAAUGGUGGACACGCAUUACUACUAGUUGGCGAGCGUCUAGAAAUAUGGGAGUUAGGUAGCGCUCCAGCUUUGCUCAAAAGUACACCAAACGCAGUAGAAGUCACAGCAACUACCUGGUGUAUGACAGAAGCCAUUGCCCUUCACAAGUUGCGCUUUGCUGCCGCGUCUAAAGGAGGCAGUAUACACUUGUUUACUCUCGAGGACAAGAUUAUUAGCUCGGACCACGUGUUCGUUCAAAGCAGUCCUCCUGUCGUUGUUACCAGUCUGUGCUGGAAGGACAAUUACAUAGUCUCUGGAAACGCUACUGGUGAUUUGCGCAUGUACGAGGUGGGCAAGGAAUUGCCUGUAAAUCUUUCCAGGGAAGUUUCUAGCGAGCAACCCGUUCUUUUAAAACUCGAAUUCUCACCGAUACCGUCGCUUUAUAAAUUGUAUGCCCUUUACGUCAAUAGAUUCGAGCUUUGGGACCUUUCUACCUCAAGCAAGCUCUCAAAAGCUAACAAGUUGCUCAAGAACAACCGAGAAGAAGCCCUCGGCAUAAAAGAUAUAACAUGGGCUAACGCAUUUUUGGUUGUGCUGUUUUCAAACGGCUGCAUUCGCAUAAGCGACCAGAAGUUGAAGAAAUCCGCGUGUUCAAUGCGACAUUCUCCAGUACCAAAUUUUUGGUGCCCUUCACUAUACAACAAACAGGUUCAAGCUUAUAUUAAAAGUGCGCUCUACACUUUACCCGGUGGCCUUAGCGCAGAACGCUCAUCCGCCACCACAGAACAGAUGGCCCUUUCAACUUGCGAUUACCAGCUAAGCAGAGCGUUGGUGAAAUUGAUAAAGAAAGUCUAUGGGGAGGCUCUCUCAUCAUGCACUUCAUACGAGGAAUGCUUCCAACUCGUUUCUGAAAUAUUUGGCGAGCCGUUUGAACAUGCUUUCUGGAGUCUAGCUCGUUUGCACAUCCCUCAAGUCCUUGAGACGUCACGAGACUCGGCAGGACAAACUGCAGACAUGUCUUUUCCGUGUUCUCCACUGCGCCCCUUUCAUGGAAUAUAUGAGGAUCAGUAUGGCGUGCGGAAAAGCAUUGAAAGUCGUUGUGGCGCACGCGCACUAGCUUCCCUGCCGCAGCACGCCAAGAAGGUAGCCGCCUUGGAAAAGCUAACUCUCGGGGAUCGCGACAAUGCCAUCGCUACUCUUUUGGCCACCGAUCCCGAGGAUGUCCACUUUCUAGAAAACUCCUUCAGGGCUUGCACUCUUGUCUCAGCGACUCAACAGGCGCCAAACUCUUCUAUAACAAUGAUGAUUGCUGUAAACUUGCUGGGCUCUGGUUUUGUCGAUGAUGGUGUGGCACUUCUCUGUACUCUCGAAAAUUUCUCAGCGGCCUGCAGCUACCUUCAAGAUUAUGGUUUGUGGGAACGGGCAGCCGAGCUUGCCAAGUGCACACUUGAUCGGGGAAAGUGGGCAACAGUGCUAAUGCGGUGGUCGGACUACAUGUGCUCGUCACACGUGGAUCUGAAGCCUAGCGCCAUUUUGCUUCAACUUUCAAUAGGACAAUUCCAGAAGGCUUUUCACCUUUUAACGGAAAUUGGCAAGUAUGAGUUGGCCGCACUUUUUUUUGUAGCCUGCCACCAAUUGAAAGUCCCGCUAGCAGUUGAGGAAGAGCAGCUGAACAAACUGAGCGAAGGCCGCUCGUAUAUAUUCAACUUGAUAAAAUGA